AUGUCUAUUCCAUCAGGAUAUACCGCAUCCACUCCUACCAAAACAAGUACUACCAGUACUACUCAUACGUAUUCGACCGUCGAACCCAGACAAACUGUGUUUGUGGGCAUGAUGGGUGAUACUCAUUUAGAAUUUCACGGUUCGACAAUGAGUAAUAAUUCUCAAUUGUUAACUAUGUAUGGACCGAAUGUUCAUGCGGAAUGGACCGUUUUGGGGAAAGGAUAUACUACGGCAGGUGUUUGCACCGUUACAGGAGUUCCAACCACGAACAUGCUUUUCGAAUUCAAUGGAGAUAGCGAUUGUUACGCUUUUGACGGAUUUGAUGAUACUCAAGGGACUAGGGGUGUUAGUUUGGUUUGUGAUCCUAAACCUACCGGAAUGCCUUGCAAGUGA